AUGGCCCGCCAGCUCAUCGCCCGCACCGAUAACGCACAAGGAGUUUCUUCACCUACUCUUACUUUCACCUUGGAGUCCGGUAUUAUCCCCUCUCUCUACUUGAUAGCGAUGAAGUGUCGCAUCCCGAAACUAAGACACGACGCUAUCUCCUUACUUUACUCAACAAGGUGCCAAGAGGGAAUGUGGGAAGGGGCCCUGAUCGCGAGGUUCGUUGAUGAAGUCGCUAAAUGUGAAGAUGAAGCUGCUGGGAUUUCCUAUGGAAAGAAAGCUACUUUAACGGAUUGCAGCAUUCCGGAGUUUGCGCGUUUCAGCGAUGUUGUUAUUGCCUUGUCAGAGACACCUGGCUAUGGCCGUUGUCUGGAGAAGGCCUCUUUGGAAGAAAACGAUUUCAUCCGUCGUGCCAAGUCCAAGGGCAUGGACGAUGAUGCUCCAUUGAGCAUAUCAUCUAGCUUCGACCACUUCCUCGCACGAAACGACGAAGCGGAACUCGCCAGGAAGCACCUGGAUGCAGUUCAAUACGCCGCACCACCUGGUUAUAAAGCCUCCGUGGGCUUCUCAAACUCCUUGAAGGCCAAUGUCCGCUAUCGGCUGCAAACUACAUCUCCAUGA